AUGCCGAAGCCGUCUAGAGUGAAAUGUCAGGUCUGCAAUGAGACCGAAUCCAAAUACACUUGCUCUGUCUGCAGCAUCGUAUAUUGCUCUGUUCCAUGUUAUAAGCAACAUAAGACAUCCACAUUUGUUCAAGACGAGAAGCCUCUCAAACCACUCACGUCACUUAAAUGGCCAUAUGUACCAGAAGAGUCUGUAUACCCCGACCCUCUUACGCGCGACGACCCAAAACCUCUCAGUCUCAGACAGUACGAGGGAAUUGCGACAUCAAAGCCCCUGCGUGUUUUGUUGAAUGAGCACCCCGGCCUGCGCGAUACCCUGAGGCAGAUAGACCAACUGCGAGGACAAGAGCGUGUUGACGCCCUGCACCGUGCACUGCGACUGAAUCAAAGGGAUGUAGAAGCAGAUGUAGGGGAAGAUGUGUUGCUUUUGCGGCAAUUUGCCCAGGCGGUCGAGGACGCCAUCCGCGGAGACCAACAAGACGGCUUGCGAUUGCAAUGGGGAGAUGAAUGAAAGAGAGUAGGCGAGGCGUUCCGAGGAGUAGGAGGUCUGGACUUGAUCGUACAUGUAUUCGGGUGAAGCAGGCAGCCAGAGUCGCAUACGGGGUCUAGACCGCUGUGGGGAACAUGGCGAUUUCGAAGUAAAUUGAUUGGUCUGCCUCCCGAGCGCCUGUAGAACGCGCGCGAAGUACGCCUUUAUGGGUGUACGAAUGUGCCCGCUUAGCCCUCUACAACUUCUCCUUCUCAAUCUUGAGGUAGUACUCCUGCUCGAGCUUGCCUGAAGGUGGCGUGUCAGAACGCG